UGGACAUGCAGCUGACUGGGCUGCCGCCCGACAUCUUCCAGCACCCCGAGCGGCGCCUGCUGGCCGCCUACCGCCGCAAGAUCCUCUGCGAGCGCCUCGCCUCCGCCGCCCUGCUGCUGCUCUCGCACGACACCCUGGCGCACCUCACAGGGGCGGCUGCUGCUGCUGCAGGGGUCAGUCCCUCCUCCUCCUCAGCAGCAGCCUCUGGUGUGACCCUGCUGCUCCGCGCCCAGGAAGCUGCAGGGGCGCUAGCGGGUGUGGCGGGCGCCAGUCUGCUGCUGCUGAACGGGCUGCUGGCGGCGCUGCCGGGGCGGCUGUACGGCGACUACUCCGCCGCCAUCAACAGCACCGUGACGCUGCUGCAUGCCGCCGGGCAGCUGGUGAGGCUGGUGACGCAGCCGCAGUCGCGGCGGCGGGGCCUGCUGGUGCGGAUGAUGCUGGGCUUGGCGGCCAACGUGGUGGGGAAUGAGGACCCAGCGCCGGUUGCCGCGGCGCAGCUGCUGGGGUUGCUGGUCCUGGUGUCGGUGCUGGAUGGUGCGGUGCGGCGGGGCCCGCUGCUGGCGGGUGGGGUGAGCGGGCUGGCGCGGAAGGGCGCUGCGGCGGUGGCGGCAGAGGCGGCUGCUCCCCGCGUGGGGUUGCUGCUUGCAACUCCCAGCAUGUCCGCAGCGGCGCUGCCCCCUCCGCCGGACUCUCAGCUUCCCUCCUGGAUGGCAGCUCUGGCGCGGUCGGCCGGGAGCGCGGCAGCCCUGCAGCAGCAACAGGGCCAGUGCCUGGCUUCCAUGCCCGCGGCGCCUGCCGGUGACUGGCUGCCGGUGUUUUGCUACGCGGUGAUCGCAGCAACCGGUGUGGCGCUGUACUACUGCUUGGCGAGCGGGCGAUACGCGCUGUCGUACAGACUGUACCGGAAGCUAUACCUACCGGCCACGUACGGCGGUGCAUGGAUAGCCGUACCGCUGCCUGCUGCUGAGGUCCUGCGUGUACGUGCCACGGCUCUUGCCGCGGCAGUUGCGCAAGUUGCCACGCCGGCAUCAGCAGCGGAAGUACCGAGACCGGGGCUAGAAACCGCGGAGCCGGCAGCUGCAGCGGAAAGCGAGGAGGACUGGGAGGCGGGCGGAGAAGCGCAGGGAGGGCAUCGGGUGCGGCAGCGGACUCGCCGCAGCCUGAGCCUGAGCGCUGUCAUGGACCUUGUGAGGUGCGGCGGCGGCGGUGGCGGCAGCGACCAGACAGCGUUGACAGAAGCUGUUCAUGAGGCGGCGCAUGGCAGCAUGCGAGGGCGAGCCACUGGCAGCACUGUCGCGUUGGCCGAUCCAGGAGCAGCGACGUCGUUGACAGCAGCGCAAGCCCGGCUGGCUGAGACUGGCUCCGUUGACACCAUGUGGGCAGCCGCCGUGAGGACUGGGUCCGGCGUUGGUGGGCUGGGGCCGGCGGCUCUCAGUGGGGGCGUGGGGGCCCCGCCGGGUGCAGCGGCGUCACCCCCGGCGCGAGACGCGACAGGCGUGUUGUCGCCCAGAUCUCCGUCACAUGCAACCCCGCAAGCGGCAAACAGCUUCACCGCAACUCCGGGUUGGGUGGCGGAACCGCCCGGCGCACCAGGCGGACCCUUAUUACCCACGCAUGCAGCCUUUGGCGGCGCUAAAGUUCCCGUUAGCCCAGCUGAGCCAACAGCGCUGAAUCCGUCUCCUGCCGCUGUAGGAGGCGGCGAGGCCAACGCCGCCGCUGCAGCUGCUGCUGCUGCUGCUGCCGGCUUGGGGUCGGGUCUGGGGUCCUCACCAGGCGGUGCUGGGCCCGCUGGGGGGUUGGAGGAGGCGCUGAUGCGCAGCGGCGACCCCUUCUUCCAGAGCCUGGAUCUGGAUGAGGAGUGCGGCUCGCUGCUGGCCAGUGCGCUGGAGCUGGACGAGGCGGACGUCAUCUCCGGCAAGAUAGACUUCCCGCGCCAGCUAAGCAUGCUGGCGGGCCGCGGCGGUGCGGGCGCCGCUGCUGCUGCCGCUGCUGCUGCGGGUCGGGAGCUGGACCGGCUGCUGCAGGUGCUGGGCAGCACCGGCAGCUCAGCCAACACCGGCCCCGUCCUCGCGGUGUCGCCCGCCGGCCCCACCCCGCCGCACUACCACCCCCAGCAGCAGCACAUGCACAUGCACCAGCAGCACCCACACCCGCAGCAGCACCCUCUGCAGCAGUACCUGCACCACGGGCCGCCCUCCCGCAGCCCCUCCGAGCUCUCCAAUAUGGCCUCCACGCAGCUCUCGUACGGCGCCCGCACCUCGCUGCCCUCGGGAGCCCGCGCAUGGGUCGGCAGCUCCGCCACCGGCACGGGCACGGGCACCCAUGGCACAGGCAGCUCGGCCCUGGCCAGUGUGCCGAGCGGCGGAGGCCCUGUGGGGCCCAACAGCGGCGGCAGCUUCAACGCUGGCGGAGGCGGCGGUGGCGGCAGCUCCUUUCUUGAGCUCAUGGCGACGGCUCCGUCUGUGUUUGGCGGCGGUGGCGGCGGCGGCCCUCCAGGCAUUUUCGGACCAGCUGCGGCUGCGGGUGCGGCGCCAGGGAACCGCGUGGCACGUCUUCGCGGCGCCCCCACACGCGCCAGCUCCGACCUCGCAGCCGUCUGGCGGCAGCAGCAGUUGCAGCAGCAGCAGCAACGACAACAGUGGCAGCCGCAGCAGGACGCACCGCAGCGGCGGGCGCCGGGCCGCAGCCCCAGUGACGUGUCCAACCUGAGGCAGCGCGUCCGUACUACUGCCGCCGCCGCCACCGUCACCACCACUGUCGGCGGCGGCUUCGUCCCGGCGGCGCAGCACGUCGCCGCCGCCGCUGUCAGCUCCGCCAACCCGCCGCUGGGUAACACAUUGGGCUCGCCGUCCGGUCAGCACCCGCAAAUGCCGCCGUUUUCCGGCGCUGCAGGGCCCACUGGGCCCUGGACGUCGGGCUUUGUGCAUGACUGGGUAGCCCAGCAUCCCAACUACCACCCUCACCUCCACCAUCAGCCACCGCAGCACCUGCAGCAGCUGUUGCAGCCGCCGCAGCAGCAGCAGCAGCCUUACCACAGCGCUGCUCAUGGCGGCGCCGGCGUGGCGGCAAGGGCUGCCCCGCCGCAGCGCAUGCCUGUCGCCGCAGGGGCGCUGACGGCGCCUACUGCCACCGCCGCCGCAGGGGCGGUGACGUCAGCGGCCGGCGAGCGGGGUGCCGCUCCCUCGCGGCGCCCUCCCUCGCGGCCGGCGUCGAGACAGCACUCGCCCCUGUUGGACAGCACCGGUCUGGCCCUGCUAGGUCAGGACCUGAUCAUGAUUGGCGGCAGCAGCCACCCCUACCUCACCUCCCCCGCCGCCAGCACCCAAGUCAGCGGAGCCAACGCGCUGCACCCUGACGCACCCGCCGCACAUGCCGUCGCCGCCCGCCACAUCGACUACCUGAGCGACGCCAUGCUGGCUUCAGAGCUCAUGGAGGCUGUCGUACCCGUAACUGUACGGUCCGUACGGCACACGCAGGUCGCGUCCAUGGGCGGUGCUGCGGCGCUUGCCCGGACGGGUCCCCAGGUGCCCCCCUCGCACCGCCAGCCGCUGCCCCGCUCCUCCACCAACCCGGAUAGCCUGCGAGCAGCUGCGCCGCCCACCCCAGUGCUCUGGCGGCAGUCCAGCGGGAGCCCGGCGUCACCGCAAGCCGCAAGGUACGGCUGCACCGCCGCUGACGGCAGUGGCGGUGUGCGCCCCGGCGGCGGAGGGAGCACUGCUGGCGGCGGCGAGCUGCCGUCUCGGUCGCCGUCGCAGCAGCAGCCGCAGCGGACCUCGUCGGAGGAGGUGCCCGCCGCCAGACCUCACAGCCAGUCGCGGGCGCCGUGCACUGUCCCGGAUGUCCGUACCAACACCAGCGCCUCCGCCACCGCCGCCGCCGUCGUUACCACCUCCGCCACUCCCCAUAAGGCUGCCGCUGGUAUCGCAACUGGGGCUACUGCUGCUGCUGUUCCUCCUGCUGCGGCUGUGGACUCUGCCACGACUAGCGCUGCAACAGGUCCAUUCUCCAGCGGCGCCAGCGGCGGCGGCGGCCGGCAGUACCCGCUGUGGAGCGCGGUCCCGGCGUCGGACCUCUGCUGGCCGCGCACCUCCCGCAGCAGCUCGGAAGCCUUCGCGGCGGCGGAGCAGGAGCAGGCGCGAGCGGCGCGGGAGGUGGCGGUCAUGUGGACCAGCAGCAGCAUGGGCGACCCCAGCCCCUUCGUGAACCACCACACCUCCAACACGCUGUCCUCCGCUGCUGCGGGCGGCGCCGGAGGGGUGCUGCAGUCCUCCUACGGCAGCCGCGUACCAUCGCCGGCGGCGGCGGGAGGUUUGGACAGUGGCGGCAGUGCUGGUCGCAUCAUGGCUGCGAUUCAGGAGGUGUCUGCCAUGACUGCCGGCUUGGCGCUGGCUGGCGGCAGCGGCGCGGCGGAUGUAGCCCGGCGGGCGCUGCUGGAACAGCGGCGCGUCAGCACCCGGCAGCGGCGGCUGAGCCACGUGCUCAACCUGGCAGGCACCGUGUCGCCGAGCCCGGCCCGCUCGAAUAGCCGCUCGCAGCUGCAGCUGCAGCACCCCACGGAAGCAGCCGCAGCAACAGCAGCAGUCGGGAUGGCGGCGGGUGCGACACCGGCAGCCCUGGGCCUGGCGCAGCUAGGGCCAGAUGCCCUGGCCGGCGGCAGCGGCGGCGGCGGCAGCAGCGGGCUGGCUGCUGGCGCUGGCGGCUUUAGCAGCAUCGCCGCCGUGACGGCUGUGUCGGCGGCGGUGGCGGCUGGCGGCAGUGUGGGCUCUACCCCCGGCGGCGCCUCCACCGUCAUGUCCUUCGACAACUGGGCCACAGCGGACGACCUGGCAGCCAUGUUGCUGGGGCCGCCGCCGGGCGGGGAGCCGCCGCCAGCGGUGCCCGGGUCGAGCUCCGGUCGGCGCUCCUUCGCGUUGCGGGCGGCCCCGGCGGCGCCGACGACACUGGCGGCGUCGCGGUCGCAGUCGCUGCCGCGGCGGCCGCCGUCGCGGCCCAUGUACGGGCAUGGCGCUGGGGAUAAAGACCUGGCGACGGCGGCGUCGGAGGCGACGGGCUCCGCCAUGGGGGUCGCGUCUCAGGCAGCGCCGCGCAUGCCGCAGCGCACGUUGUCGGGCUUGAGCGGAGUACGUCGCGGCGGCAGCGGCGCGGGUCCGUCGGGGCUUUCCGUGCAGGCGUUCGGCGCUGGGCGCUCCGGCACGGACGGCGGCGGCGAGGAGGGUCACCUUGCCGGCAUGUCGGCGGCCGCACACUCCUACUCACUGCUGCAGUCGGCGCUAGGGCUGGAGCUAGAGCCGGCGCUGCAGCCCUCCUCCUCGGGCGGCGCCUCGGAGUCGCAGCUCCUGAUGGGCGGCACGUUCGCGGGAGACGGCGGCGGCGGCAGGUAUGCCUCCCCGUCCCCGCCGCUGCGCUCCCCCUCCGUGCCCAACCUGGGGCUGCCGGGGCAGCGGCCGGCGGCUGGCAGGCCGCAGCUGCACGGGGGUGUCCGCCGUACGAGCUCAGCAGGACCCAGCCGCCUCGGCAGCAUUGCCUCCACCUCCUCCACCCGCUCCGUCGCAACCCCCUCCGGCCCUCCCGCCUCCAAUGCCGGCUCCCCAUCCACCGCAGCCACCUCCAGCUCAGGCCAGCAACAGCAGCUCCCACCGACGGGGGGCAACCCCUCCCCCGCCUUGCGCCUGUUGCCACGCAGCCUGUCGGGGGGCUACCCCAUGCUCGACCCCGCCACGGCAGCAGACCGCAUGGGGCCCUACAGCGGCUCGAGACCCGCGGGUCACCCUGGGACUGCUUUCCACGGGGGGCUGGUCUCUCUGCCGGAGGGGUACGGCCACCUGCCUCCCAUGCGGGUGAGUCAGGCGCUGCUGGCGGCUGAGCUGCCAUUCAGCAGCCUGCGAGGCAGUGUGGUGGGGGGCCAGGGAGGAGAGGAGGAGGAGCAGGAGGAGGGCGGUGGCGGCGGCUUCGGCGGCCCGGGGCAUGGGCUGGCGUGGUCGAAGGCGGCGGCUCCCGGCUACCCGGCGGAGGGGCAGCUGGUGCGGCGGCCGCCAUUCCGGCGGGCGUCGCUGGACGAGGGGCUGUUCAAGCAGAUGGUCACUGCCCGCCUGGCUUCCCCUGCCAGAACCCCCCGGUCACGCGGCCGCCGGCGCAGCACGGGAGGUCCCCUGGAGUACGUGCCCAGCCGCCUCAGCCAGGACGGAAAGGCGGUGCGGGCGGCUGCGGCAGCGGCUGCGGCUGCAGCGGGGGCGCCGUUCGGUGUGCGAGGCAGCGGCGGGCCGCCGGCGGUGGCAGCGGUGGUGGCGGCGGCGGGCGCUGCUGGGGCGCUGGGGGCAGCUGGGCGGGAGGUGCAGCGCGCGUCCGUGGCUGGCUCUGCUGUCACGGCCGUGUCGCAGGUCACGGCGGCCAGCAGCACCUCGCUGCAGAGCUUCGCAGAUGUGGCGCUAGCGGGCGUGCACAACUACUUUUAGACGGCACCGCAGCGAGCGCCUCCGGGCAUGGGGCAAUGUAAGGGAACCGUGUGUGUCCUCCUUGCACGGGGGCAUGGUCAUCCGGGGGGCAAGGGGAUGUCGAGUCUUCGGACUUCCGGUUGGAUGCACCCCACAGCCUCCGUGCCUUGGGAGAGGCUUUAGGUGUGGAUAAUGGCUGGGUUCUUUCCAAGGGGUUGGUGGAACACCGGCAGCGAAGGCAUAGCAUAGGUUCUGGCCCUUUCCUUCAAUGUGUAUUCAAUGUGCAUAUGUGCGCGCUCAUGGGCUGAUCACAACGACAUGCGAUCAUCCCCGCACAGGUGCGGCAUCUGACGCUUGCGGUGAUAGCGUGGAAGGUUACGCACUCCUAACAAUGCGCAUGCACCUGCUGCCCAUGUCAAGGCAGCUGCCAUGCGGUUCGCAACCUCCAUGCGUUCGUAUUCGAGUCUUACCCAUGUUAUGAAGCUGUGAGAGUGUUGCUUGCACGUCUGCCCCGGGCGAACUGGGCAUGCUCAUGUACCCGAGCUGUUGAAUGCGCCUUCCAUGUUCGUUAUGGGCUCUUUGGGGGGAACAUGGUUGCGAGCCAGGACGGCUGCUAGGCUGCUCUCCGCUACAUCCUGCAGGCCCGCCCGCACAGGGCUAGCCGCCGGCAUGCGGGGUUGGCCUGGCGGGUGGCCUCGCCGCCAAGAGGACAGAAGAAGAGACUAACCAGCCAGUCUUUGAUGGUGGGCAGCAGACUGCCGUGCGUGGUGCGGCGAAGGACAGCGUGGGGCGGGGUGGGCGCAAAGACAGUGUGUGGUGGGCGCGUGGGGAAGUUGUUGAUGUGUGGCGUCAAGCCUGUUGAGAGAUGAAAAUGGUUCGUAUGUGCUCGUGGUGGUGUUGCUGUGUGGCCUGACACUGUUAGGGGCAUUCAGAAGGGAAAUCGGGUAGAGGGGGUUAGCAGCGUAAGAAGAUUUUGACUUAACCAAAGAUCUUCUGGGGGCUACGGUAUUUUAACGGUUCUUACCUAUGCUCGUUGGCUGACAAAAGCCAGGUGUGAAGUGAUCAGUGCGAAACCGGGGGCUGUUAUCUACUUAUCUUCCUCCUGGUGAAUGGCUGCGACCAGGGCCGUGUGAUGGGCAGCUAGGAGGAGCUGUUGGCAACUGCUCCGAGGCUAUUCAAGCGAAGAGUUUGCGUGACGUGCGGAGCUAAAGGGAAGGGCCUGUCGCCAGAGGGGCGUCCUGUUUGUUGGGCCGAGGUGGCCACGUAGGAAACAUACGUGCAUGGAUUGUUGCUGCAACAGACGGAUGUCCUUCACAAUGCAUGAGAAGAAGACACUUGAGAUCAACGCAUGCAGUGCAUGGGUUACUAUUGGAGAGAUGGAGAGGCGCCGGCAACGAGUCGAGCAAAGGCUUGUGUGUGCCAUGCGGUGUUGUCAGCGGCCUGUUCACGUGUGGGGCGUGUGCUUGCCCGUUUUGUGUUGCCUCCUUGCAAUUCCUAUCUAGCAUCGUGAUGCUGCGUGCUUGUCUCGGGGUGGGGCCGGGGUCCGGAGGUAAGCUGCAGGACGUGGCCCUGGACAAUGGAGUGGCAUCCCCCUUACGGUGCUGUAGGGGAUGUCGCCUGCCGAGCAGCUAGCUGGCGAGAGGCGCUACUGAUCUGCGGCGCCGUGCUUAUUUCUCGUGAUGAGGUCCAAAGUUUUUGCAUGAUGACAUGAUUCGCUUUCAUUAUUCCCAUCCGGUUGCAACACAGGUUAUCAGUGUUGUGGUUUGCGUGACGGAGGUGAGGUCGAUGUGCUGAGCAGGUCGCCGGGUGCCAUAUGGCUCAAGGUUAAACCGGCCGUAUGUGAAACACGCCACCACUGUGACAGCGCUGUGUCGUGUGUACGGGUGCACUGAUUGCCCGGCCUGUGCCCCGACCCGUGCAGCGUUUGUGCAACGUCCAGUGAGGCAUCAAUCCUGUAAGAAGCCGAU